UCCCCGACACACGCACGGCCCAUAUCCCGCAAAGAUAUGAGAUGCCCCCUAGCCUGCUGACUUAACGAAUUGGAGUGUGAGGGGGAUAAUUUCAAUACUUUCUUUAUUUUCUUCACUUUACUUAGCCGUCAAGCAUAAUAUAAUUAACCCGUCACUGGAACCGCAUAAAACACCGUAAAAAAAACUGUCCCUUCAACUAAAGCCUUUGGGAAUUAGUGGAUGAGCGGCGCGGAAUCUUUAAGAAUGGUGUGGCAGAGAGGAGGUGCACGCGGGCCCCCACCGUCCACCACCCACUUCAGCACUCCGGCCCUGAAUCGACCACUGGGAGGAUGCAAGCCUGUGUGCCUCUGUGUCUGUGUGCCUGACCUAGUUCACUUCUACAGGACGUGACGCGCUUAUAGACCCCUUCAGCACCCCCUGUGACGUGGUGGCGAGUGGUGAGGGGACUUGCGUGGCCCCAGAGACAUUUAAAGUGUGGGUGUUACGCGUCACAGCCUCACGGUUCCUUCAAGUUGUGUUGCUUUGUGAUCUACAAUCCAGCAACAAAUUCUGAGACACUACCACACUGCAUCUUCACUACAUUUAAAAGGCGAGAGCGAGGGGCCCCUGGGCUUGUGUAGGGUCAGGGAGGGCUCGCCUACACACACACACAAACACACACACACGUCUCACUAAAGGUGCGUUGCUACUCCAGCCUCACGCACGAGUCACGACCGUCCCACAGCCUCCCGUGGACUCUUGAGGAAGGCAGGUGAAGGAGAGUGAAGGAGUGAAUAGACUGCAAACCACGAGGAUGUUAUAGACUUACUGGCCUCCUUGAUAGCUGAAAGUGAAGGAAAGGAGUGAAGGAAUGAAUAGACUGCAAACCACGAGGAUGUUAUAGACUUACUGGCCUCCUUGAUAGCUGAAAGUGAAGGAAAGGAGUGAAGGAAUGAAUAGACUGCAAACUAUAGAUUCACCUUUCCUCCUUUGAAAACUGAAGGUGAAGGGAAGAAGUGCAGGAGUGAAGGAACUGCUGAUCCCUGCUUUGAUAAGAGUGAAGGGAAGGAGUGAGGGGGUAAAAGACUGUCAUCCCCCUUAACUACACCAGCAUCACCACCACCAUCACCACCACCACCAUGUCCUCCUCCCAGUUCUCCUCCCUUGAGAUGACAGACUCAGACUCACAGGAUAUUGAAAUGCCGGAAUCUGACACAGUAAACCACAGUCCGCCCGUGUACGAGGUGUCGAGUUCGCAUGAGACCCCAAACGCCUCCCUAUCGGAUCCGGACGAGGACGAGGACGACGACGAGGAGGUGGAGGAGGACCCAAUCGAUCUAUCGGACCCGGAAUUGGUAGACCCUGAAUUAGAGGACCCUGAGGUGGAGGAAGACCUGAUUUCCGAGUCCUUGCAUUCUGAACUGUCGGAACUGUGGGACUCGGAACUGAUAGACCUUGAAAUAACAGAGGACUUAUCAGACCUCCCCUCCCCGCAGACCCCCCCGCCCUCCUGCCCCGAGUUACGCACCCCCUCCCCGCAACGAACUCUGCCCAAAACAACAAGUGUAUGAUGGGUGUGGGUGACAGGCGUGGGUGUAAGUGUGAAAUCUUCAACGUGUGCCGAAGUUUUGCAAUAAAGUGACGCAAAUAGA